CUAUUAAUGAUGUAAAAAUGGCAGCCCACAGGCACUGUAUCAGGGUCAUUUCUUCGGGAUGUCGAUCGUCCAAUUUUGUCACUCCUCUCCGGCAAAGAUGGGCCUCGGUUUCAUCAGGCAGUCGUCACUACGCCUCGCUCAGCAAAGAACAAAAGGAGCGACUGGCACAGGGACCCAGCCUGGCCGACUUCAUCACAGAAGAUCUGCACACCGCAGAGGGCCCCCCUGAUGGCUACAGCGGCAAACUGGUCAAAGAAAAAGGCAUGAAGAGGUUACGGCUGCCACCGUGGUUGAAGACGGAAAUUCCAGUCGGGAAGAACUACAGCAAAAUCAAGGAGAGCCUGCGGGGACUGAACCUGACCACUGUUUGUGAGGAGGCGCGGUGUCCCAACAUUGGCGAGUGCUGGGGAGGAGGGGAACAUCAGACAGCGACGGCAACCAUCAUGCUUCUAGGAGACACAUGCACAAGAGGUUGCAGGUUCUGUUCAGUGAAGACGGCCCGCAAGCCGCCCCCUCCAGACCCCAACGAGCCUGCCAACACGGCCAAGGCCAUCGCUGAGUGGGGACUAGACUAUGUGGUGCUGACGUCUGUAGACAGAGAUGAUUUACCAGACGGAGGCUCCACCCACUUUGCAAAUACGGUCAUUGAACUCAAGAAGAGGAGCUCCAUAUUAGUGGAGUGUUUGACCCCAGACUUCAGGGGUGAUAUGGAAGCAGUGGAGAGGGUAGCGCUGUCGGGACUAGACGUCUACGCCCACAACAUUGAAACCGUGGAAAGACUUCAAAUUUUUGUUAGGGAUCCGCGUGCCAACUACCAGCAGUCCAUGGCGGUGCUGUCUCACGCCAAGAAGGUUCAUCCCGACGUCAUCACCAAAUCCUCCAUCAUGCUAGGGAUGGGGGAGACAGACGAUGAAGUCUUCCAAACAAUGAAAGAUCUGAGAGCAGUGGGCGUGGAGUGCGUCACACUCGGCCAGUACAUGCAGCCCACACGCAGGCAUCUCAAGGUGUCGGAGUACGUCACGCCGGCCAAGUUUGACUACUGGGAGAAAGUUGGCAACAAACUGGGCUUUGCCUACACGGCUAGCGGGCCCCUGGUCAGAUCGUCCUAUAAAGCAGGUGAAUUCUUCUUGAAGAACCUUCUAGAGAAGAGAAGAAACUCCAGUCAAACUGGGCCAAGCUAAUGUAGAUGUCAACAGCAAGACUUAUUUAGAUUCAGAGAUUUACUUGUGUAUUUAACAAACAGUUUACUGAUUUAUAAAUACUGGUGUAAGCAAAGACAAAGAACUUGAGCAGGAAUUGAACCUGCGACGUCUGGGACCCCAUACCAGUCAGUGUUGUAGUCGAGUCAAUCUCAAGUCCAUCACAAGUCCAUCACAUGUCCAUCACAUGUCCAUCACAAGUCCAUCACAUGUCCAUCACAUGUCCAUCACAUGUCCAUCACAUG